CUCCUCUAUCGAUUCCAAGAAAACCUUCCAAAAAGUGGAAGCAAACUACUCAUACUUGAGAGAAUUCAUCGUCUCCGCCGCCAGUUAAUCGGAAGAAGAAGGAGAAGUUCGGUUAUGAAGGCUCCUCGAAAAUGAUCCACUGUAAUCUGCUUUCCAAUGCAACCAUGGAGAAUCCUGCCAAGUUCUUCAUUCAGUUCAGGAGACGAGCGCUGGAUCUCGACUGGAAGCUCCCGACGUUCAUCCUCUUCUCAAUCGCCUUCCUCUCUCUCUCCACUUCCUUCUCCUCACUGUCAGUUUCCCCCAAAAUUGAUUCCAUAUUCCGCGGCAAUUUUUCAAUCGCCAAGGCAGGGCCUAGAAUUGCGGUUUGUUUGGUCGGCGGAGCACGGAGGUUCGAACUGACCGGACCUUCGAUUGUAGAGAGGAUCCUCCGAGUCUACGAGAAUUCCGACCUGUUCCUCCAUUCCCCGCUCGAUUCCGACGCAUAUAAGCUUUUGUUGCUCGACGCCGCGCCGAGAAUCGCCGCCGUUAGGAUUUUCAAACCUAGCUCCAUACCGGAGACUGAAUCGGCUUCUCGAGUACUCACCGCCAUGAACUCGCCCAAUGGUAUACAGGGUCUCUUGCAAUACUUCAACUUGGUGGAAGGCUGUCUAACAAUGAUCAAUAAAUAUCAGGACUACAACAGCUUUACAUACGAUUGGAUUAUCCGGACCCGACUCGACGGCUACUGGGCCGGCCCAUUGGGCCCCAAGAAUUUCAUCCCGGGUAAAUACGUCGUCCCUUUGGGCUCAUCCUACGGUGGGCUCAACGACCGGUUUGGGUUGGGUGACUACAACACAUCCGUGGUGGCCCUAUCUAGACUCUCCUUGAUUCCGCAGCUCGACUCGGCCGGGCUGGCCCAACUCAACUCAGAGAUGGCCUUUAUGGCCCAACUCACAACCCAAGGGGUCCAAUACACAACCAGUGGGCUCCCUUUUUGCAUUGUAACGGACCGGCAAUACGAGUUCCCGCCGGGCCCGUUUGGAGUGCCUGUUGUAGCAAUGUCGAGCCUUGGCCCACUUAGCGGUGCAAAAUGCAGGCCGUGCAGGCCCAUUUGUAGUGGGCCUUGCGUUGAGCCCAUUUUGAGUGGGCUUAGUACAAACUGGAGCUGGACGGAGUGGCGGAAUAAUACUAUCGGGCUUUGCGACGCCCACGGAGAAUGGGAAGACGGGUGGGAAGAGAGGUUCGAUACCGUGGCCGGCGAGAAAUUGGGCUUUGCUAGAAAAGAGAUUCCGGCUUUGGACAUGGAUCAGUGUGUCCGAGGAUUUCGGAGGAUGAGAAAACGAGUGGCCCAUUGGGAUGGGCCCAAGCCCAAACAAAUAUGCCGAUUGGGCCUCGUGAGUAAAUUCUCAAACUAAUAUUUUUGAAAUGACUUAUUUGCACCAACGUUGAAUGCAGAACUCCUCUACAUCAAUUUUUUCGAUUUAAUUUUCUCUAUAUAUUACAAAAAUAUAUUAUACACAUUUUCUUUUACAAAUUAUUGCAACUGGUUGAUAAAAGCCUGUUAAGUGAAAGUGUAGUUAGUAAAUUGUUUGAAUUCAUUACUCUAACUAAUUACCAAUAGUUAAUUCUAUUAACUUA